AAGACCGCCGCCGUAUCUCUGCAGCAUCAUAGCUUGCUGGUUCUCGUUGGGACAGCACUCGUGUCAACUCCCUCCUCUCUCGCCAUGAAGCUGGUCAUUGUUCUCUGUCUGGCGGCCCUGGCCUGUGCCCAGUCGGACAAGGAGGCUCAGAUUCUCAGCCAGGAUUUCCAGAUCAACGAGGAUGGCUCCUACGAUGCGGCAUACGAGACUUCCAACGGCAUUCGAGCUGACGAAAACGGCAUCUCCUACCCUGGCAACGAGCCCGAGUCUGGCAACUACGUGAGGACCGGCAGCUACAGCUACGAGUGGGAGGGCGUCACCUACACCGUCACCUGGCAGGCUGACGAGAACGGCUACUUUGCCGAGGGAGACCACAUCCCCAAGAAAUAGAAACUCGGACUAGGAAAAGGACAUCAUUCUCUCUCACUCCACCGCAUGUGUCUGUUCCUGCUGUAUCUAAUGGGGAAGCCCAUGCCGUCAUCGAAUACGUUUCAUCUGUGUGCUUUCGUCAUCAGUGAAGAACAAUUCUGCCUGUUGUGUCGUGGCUUUUGUCAUCCGCUUUAAGUGUGUCAAGAAAUACAUGAGCCAAGAAAGAUGCAAA